UAUUCGUUGGUCUCGGCAGAGCGCGAUAGUUCAGUCGGGAUGAAGGUCGCGCACCCUCUUCUUCUACGGUGCCGAUGAACAGUGAGAAGAACGUAAUAGGAGGGACAAAGGUUCGCCGCGAUGAAUGGUGAACGUAUUAACGUGAUAUGUCUUACGGGAAUUAAACAUUAUCCCGAACGUUUUCGUAUACUUAUUAUGGCAUUCCUGAUAGUGGUAGCUAUUGCUGGACAAGCACGUACAGAUAAUUCAUCAUUAAAUUCCGAUUUGCCAACCUUUAACAAGUCGAUUUCAAAUGUGACAGUCGCGGUGGGUCGAGAAGCUGUACUUGUAUGUGUCGUCUCAAAUCUUUCUGGUUUCAAGGUUGCCUGGUUGAGAGUCGAUACGCAAACCAUCCUGACGAUAGCUAAUCAUGUGAUAACGAAAAAUGAUAGAAUCAAAGUAACCCACAGUGAACACAAGAUGUGGUACUUACAUAUACGUGAUGUCAACCCAAGUGACCAGGGAUUUUACAUGUGUCAAAUAAAUACCGAACCUAUGAAAAGUCAAACUGGUUUCUUGGAAGUUGUAGUUCCUCCAGACAUUCUUGACAAUUCGACGAGUACAGACAUGAUCGUUAAUGAAGGCAGUAACGUAACAUUGCGGUGUGCAGCAAGGGGAUCACCACAACCAAACAUCACUUGGAAACGUGAGAACGGCGAACUUAUAUCUUUCGGUAAUGGUUCAGGAGUUAGCAGCAUCGAAGGAUCAAUUUUCAACAUCGUGAGAGUGAAUCGAUUACAGAUGGGAGCGUAUCUUUGUAUCGCUUCAAACAGUGUUCCACCUACCGUCAGCAAGAGAAUUAUGCUUAUAGUACACUUUCCUCCGAUGAUCAUGAUCCAGAAUCAAUUGGUGGGAGUGCAAGAGGGACAAGAAAUGACGUUGGAGUGUCAUUCCGAGGCUUUCCCAAAAUCAAUCAACUAUUGGACUAAAGGAAAUAAUCAGAUUAUUCCAAAUGGAGAGAAGUACGAGGCAACCCUCUCGAACAAUGCUUACAAAGUGCACAUGAAGCUUACGAUACGUUCUGUUACCAUGUCAGACUACGGCACUUACAAAUGCAUAUCGAAAAAUUCUUUAGGGGAAACGGAUGGCAGUAUAUCCCUUUACCAUAUUCCAACUACCACGACACAAGUCAAGACCACGACCACUACCACUACCACGACACCAAUACCUACGAUAGAUAAAGUCGAAACUAUGCAAAGGUCUCGACAGAAGUUGGUGCCAAGUUUAGAACCUAAUUCCAAUGAAAUAACUGACGCAUCGUUGUCAACUGCGAUUAGAAAUGAGAAUACACGAACCAAUAGUGGACGACAUAAUAAUAAUAAUGACAACAUUAAUGCUGAAAAUAAAAUUGACAAGGACGUACAACGAAAGCAACCUUUGAACAACGAUGCAAAUCGUCGUAGAACCGAUAAUGUAUCUCGUUCGAUAUCGUCGAGAGGUGAUAGGUCAUGCGCUUUUUUACAAAUUAAUAUAAUCAUUUAUACAAUUCUAUUAUCUAUCCUUUCGUAGUCAGUGUUUAGAUACAUGCUGUCCAAGAAAAUACGAAAAUAUUUCGAUUAAUUGGACCUAGUCUAUUACGCGCACUAACAUUCCUUUUCCAUUAGCAAACGGGAUCAAUUUGUCUUAAGUAUAAGUGCGAUUGUCGAUGUUCACGCUUUUCCUUUCUACAUGCUUAUAAGAAAAAGAAAACAAACAAAGAUUUAUAACUAAUAUAUAAAUGAACUUUCGUGAAAU